AUGUUAAACAUGGAGGCACUGCAAAAAUUAAUACAGUUUUGUGCUGAGAAGAAGUCAGCGAUUGGCUACAGCUUUUUGGCUCUCGUGACCAUAGGAGGCCAACAAUUAUUUUCCAUUGUCGCCUUUAAAUGUCCGUGUAAUCAUCAGAACCUUGUUUAUGGGGCUGCAUUCCUCUUUGCUCCUGCAAUAGUUCUUUUAAUAAUUGGCUACUUUUUAAACAGCAGAACAUGGAAAUUCAUCACAGGAUGUUGUUUGAACCCCAAAAAGAUGUUUCCCAAAGGAAAUCGCUGCUAUUGUCUUUAUGUUUUUAUACAACUCACACUGAAUGCAUCCAUUGGUCCCAUCAUGUGGAUUUCGAUUGCUUUACUUAAUGGGACCUUUUAUGCAUGUGCAAUGAGUGGCUUCCAGAACCCCCAGUAUAUGCAGUACCUGUGCAAGAACAAAUCAGAACACUGCCAGACACACCUCUUUAAGGUGACUUGUGGGAAAGGCAGCCCGGACUCUGAAGAAGUCAUUUUACUUCUCCAAGCACAAUCACAGAUUCUAGGUUGGUGGCUUAUAGUGAUAUCAGCGAUUGUUUCUCUGCUAAGCACCUGCUACACAAGUUGCCGAUCUCAAGUCAGUUUCCUUCAGAUGACAUUCUGGAGAAUUUACAUUGAUAAAGAAAAAGAAAAGUUUGAUGAGCUGGCACACGAAUAUGCCACUAAACUUGCUAUUAGGAAUCUGAGAAGCUUCUUUGAGCAAAAGAAACCAGAAGCCUUUGAUAUGCCAAGCAACAAGUCUUGGGAUGACGUUUCCACUUUGUAUAGAUUCAGUUCCAAUGAACAAUACUAUAGCACCCUACAUAGAUCUGUUGACAAUUGCAACAUUGAUUUUCCAAAUGAAAAUGAAUCAACAGUGGACUUUGUAGAUGGGCCACAAAGUAGAGUUUAAAUGCAACCUAUUCUAUUGCCAGACAAUAUUUGGAAAGAAAUUAGCAUGACAACGUAUAAAUAUGAGUUAUAAUUUGUGUUAAAAUG